CUGAUUCGCUGCUUUAAAUAGAAUGCUAAUCCAAGUUCAGUUUCUCGGAAUCUCAGACAAAACAGGGCUGUGUUUUACUCAGCAAUUCGUGAUGGAGUCGCUUCUUAAAAACCUCAAAAAGCAUGCAACAUGUUCGAUUUGUUUGGAUACUUACACCAAACCCAAGACCAUUGCUUGUCUUCAUACGUUCUGCUGUGAAUGCCUGGAGAGACAUGCACUAACGAGCCAAAAACAAGGGUUUUAUCGAUGCCCCGAGUGUCAGGCACAAAUUCGCAUCCCUGAAGGAAAGCGUUUUGAUAAUCUACCUAGCAGUUUUCUGCACAACAGUUUGUUGAGUCUUCUCGCCGUUCGACGCAGCGGCGAGGGAAAUGAAAUCAGCUGUAGUACAUGCCAGAAGAAGAGCGCUGAGAUCAACUACUGCUUUGAUUGUGAGAAGUUUAUGUGCCCAGACUGUGUGAAAGCACACGAAGUGUUUCGAGAAACUUUGUUUCAAGGACACAAAGUCACACCAGUGCGACAGUUUCAAGCCACAGACUACGAGGCGUUGUUGAAACGGCAGUCGUUUUGCUCCGUUAAGUAUCACGAGAAAGAAGUGACAAAGUUUUUCUGUGUGGGCUGUCAAAGCUGCGUGUGUCAGAUUUGCAUCGCCACUGAUCACAAGAGCCACGAUGUUGUUCCGCUUGAAAAGGCAGCAGACGAUGAAAAAGCAAACAUCAUUGCCAGAGCAAAGCUGGUCAAAGAGAUGAAGGAGGUCUGCCGAGGUGUUAUUCGUGAAUUUGAGAACACGGAACAUGAGUUGGAAACGAACAUUACCACAGCUAAACGCCAAGUUUCCCAAGCAACCGAACAGAUGAUGGGAAAGCUUCGCCAACUAGAACGUGAAGCCAUUACUGCACUAGAGAAGACUCGCGUGUCAAGGAUUGAGAAAUUACAUUCUGGAAAAGCAUCGGUUGUCUCUUUGGAAAAGCAACUUGACCAAGCAUUUGAGUUCAGUAACAACCUGGUUGAAAGUAGCUCAAGUUCAGACAUAAUGCAAAACAAGAAAAAUGUAGAAGAACGAAUCAACGACCUCAUCGAGACCACAAUGCCAGUACUUCCGGUUAGCUCGUGGGUGGAGUUUGUGUCGACAUUUGAAACAGAGAGUUUGAGUCUAGGAUUUACGAAAUUCAGCAAAACAGAUGUACAAGGAUCGACCGUGGAAGGACUGGACCACAAUUUUCAAGCUGGUGUAGAAGCAGAGCUACUGAUUUGUCCCAAAACAAGCGAAGGAGAAGUCAGUAACACUCAGCACACAGAUCGUGUUGAAAUACACAUAGACCCUGCGGAUCAGGUGAGGAGCUUGGUGACGAGUGAAAAAGAAGAUGGAAAUUUCCAAGCAAAAUUUGUAGCGAAAGUACCAUGUACUUAUAAAAUGGAAGUAAAGAUAAAUGGACAGAAACUUGCCAAGAGUCCAUUUUCUAUUCUGGUCAAAGCACGAGAGUUAAAUGUUAUAGGCAAGUUGGACGUUCAGGGAGAAAUGCUGCAAGGUCCUGCCGGUAUUGCAGUGAACAGUAAAGGUGUUAUUGCUGUGGCUGAUUAUGAAGGUCACUGUAUCCUGGUAUUUGAUGAGAAAGGAAACUUUGUGCGAAAAAUUGGUUCUUAUGGAGACAAGAAUGGACAAUUAAAGAAUCCAGUCGACGUCACAUUCCUCAACGAUGACGAGAUUCUGGUGGCAGAUGAAAUUAAUCACCGAAUACAGCAGUUGAAUGUACAGACAGGGAACUUUGUGAAAA